AUGGUCGGCCUUCCAGUAGACGAGGUAAAGGAGCUUCUAAAAAGCAACUAUCUUCCGUACGAUGUCGUCGGAGGGGAUGGGAGGCCGGAGGAGGAAACGGAGGACGACUCAAUGGCGUCGGAAGUCAUUAGCGAAGUGACGUCAGAUUCAAACGGCGACGCGGCUUCGGAGCGCUCGUCCGGCAAGGACAAGGCGAAGAAAUUGAAGCGGAAGCGUCCCGUGCGGAUUCGAACCCACGACGGCUCGACGGAGUACUCCGCUGAAGAGCUGCUCGCGAUGCAGCUGGGUUACGCUAGGGAACUCGCGGAAGCCCAUGGGAAAACUGGAAUCGUGGACGCUGUCGUUAGCGUUCCCGCGUACUUUUCCCAGAGCCAGAGGCAGUCGAUUAUUGACGCUGGCGCUCUGGUCGGCGUGAAUGUGAUGGCGUUGAUUCAGGAGCAUGCUGGGGUUGCGCUGCAGUACGGCAUGGAUAAGGACUUCAGCAAUGGCAGCAGACACGUGGUUAUCUUUGACAUGGGUGCCACGUCGACCUAUGCGGCCGUGAUUUAUUACUCGGCUUACGCGACGAAGGAGCGCGGGAAGAGCAUCACAGUGAACCAGUUUCAGGUGAAGUCCGUGAGAUGGAACGCGGACCUGGGAGGACAGACACUCGAGGCACGGCUUCUGGAGCAUUUCGUGGACGAGUUCAACGCGAAGCACAGCGGCGUGGACAUCCGCACGUCACCGAAGGCCAUUGCGAAACUGAAGAAGCAGGUGAAGCGCACCAAGGAGAUCCUCAGCGCCAACUCCGAGGCCCCCAUCUCCGUGGAGUCGCUCUAUGACGACCAUGAUUUCAGGUCAUCCAUCACCCGGGAGAAGUUUGAGGAGCUGUCUCGUGGGGGAGCCACACGCGUGCCCAAAGUGCAGUCUGUGUUGACGGAGGCACUGGGUGGUAACCGCUCCCUGGACCGCCACCUGGAUGCUGACGAGGCGCUCGCUCUAGGCGCGUCCCUGCUGGCGGCGAACCUGAGCGAUGGAUUCAAGCUCAACCGUCGAAUUGGCAUGAUUGACGGGCUGCCGUUUGCUGUCAAGUACCGGGUGGAGCCGGUGCCUGUGGAUGGAGGUGCUGGGAGUGACAGUGGGAGUGAUGGUGGGAGUGAUGGUGGCGAGGGAGAGGCUGCAGAUGCAUCAGAGGGGCCUGUGGUGGAGGAAACGUUGUUUCCUCGAUUGAAGAAGAUGCCCAUCAAGAUAAUUCGGUCGUUGAAGGAGCAAACAAGUGACUUCACUCUCUCGUUCCUCUAUGACGAGGCAGAGGGCUUGCCCCCCCGGUGGCCCAAGGGCGCCCCCAUCUCCACUCUGCACGUGUCUGGCGUGGCCAAGGGCAUUGCCAAGUACUCGGGGUACAACCUGACACACCCGAUUAAAGCGAGUCUGCACUUCCACCUCACCCGCAGCGGCACAGUGGGGCUGGAGAAGGCAGAGCUUGUCGUUGACUUCUCUGAGUGGAUUGAGGUGCCUGUAAUCCCUCCCCCGUCUGCUGCCAACGCCACUGCCAACGCCACUGCCAAUGCAACUGCGAAUGCCACUGCUGCCAACGCUACUGGUGACGGUGCUGCGGGUGGUGCUGGUGACGAUGGGUCAGAGGCAGCUGCGGUAGAGAAGGAUGCUUCAGCAGGAGAGGGGAGCAGUGACUCUGGGAGCGACGGUGCAGGAGAGAAGGAAGAGGCAGAGAAGGGCGGAGAGAAGGCGGGGAAGGACGGGGAGAAGAAAGGGGAAAAGGAAGGGGAGAAGGAGGCAGAGGUGCCUAAAGUGCAGAUGAGGAAGAAGCUGAGGAAGAGGACGAUAAGGGUGCCUCUGCAGGUGGCUGAUGUGACGGAGGGGUUCCAGCGCAUGAUGACAGACGAGGAGAUGACAGAUGCCGAGAUCCGAUUGGACAAGCUGAAGAAGCGGGACGAGGAGAAGCGCGCUGUUGCUGAGGCGAAGAACACCCUGGAGGCGUAUAUCUACUCCAUGAAAGAUAAGAUGGAAUCAGAGGAGGAUCUGAUAAAGGUCACCACGGAGCAGCAGCGCGACUCCUUCCGCUCCCAGCUAGUUGAUGCGGAGGACUGGCUGUACAUGGAUGGGGAGAACGCCAAGGCAGCAGAGUUCAAGGCCAAGCUAGCUGAUCUGAAGAAAACCGGAGAUGCCUUCAUGUUCCGCAAGACCGAGCUGACUGCUCGCCCUGCUGCUGUUGGUGUUGGCCGUUCCUUUGCCGACUCCACUUAUGAUCUGCUGGAGUCGUGGAGAACGGAGAAGCCAUGGUUGAACGCCACGACUGACAUUGACCCGGUAUUGUCUGACGUGGAGAGCUUCAUUAAGUGGCUUGACGACAAGACAGCAGCUCAGGCCAAGAAGCGUGCCCAUGAGGACCCAGCCUUUUCAUCCAAGGAGGUCUACAGCAAAGUGGACACCAUUGAAGCCAAGCCUCUUCUUCCAAGGAGGUCUACAGGCAGAGUGGACAUCAUUGAAGCCAAGGACAGCAGAGUGGACAUGAUCGAAGCAGGUUCACUAAACCAUGCACCAUUCACACACACCACUCCCCUCCCUGGUGCCUCAUUCCUUUCGCCUCGCCCUCUUUCCGCCUCCCCUUCUUCCUGUCUCCCCCUCUUUCCGCCUCACCCUCAGGUGAAUCGCCUCAAGCGAAUCCCCAAGCCCAAGCCCAAGAAGGUCCCCGCUCCUCCCUCUUCCCGCAACGCCACCACCGGAAACACCACCACCAGCAACAACGACACUAGUGCCUCUGAUUCUACCAAUGAUCCCCCUUCCUCCUCUUCCACUAAAGACAAAAACGCCUCCCCGCCACCAGCUGGCGGUGAGGGGAAAGGAAAGGGCGAGGAGUGGAAGGAUGUGCGGGAUGAGUUGUGA